AGGUACACAAACCACGAGGUCGAGUACACAUCCUACGACUGAGAACCCGGAUACGUACUUACUUACAAAUAUAUUUGCACGAAAAUGCCUUUGAUUAUUAUAUGUGGCUUUCCUUGCAGCGGCAAAAGUCGCCGAGCUCAAGAGUUAAAGGACUACUUCGUGGAAAACACAGAUAAACAAGUUGACAUCAUUGGAGAUGAAAUGCAGGGUGUUGAGAAGAACUCGGUGUAUGCAGACUCACAGAGGGAGAAAGAUCUGAGAGGUGCUUUGCGAUCUGAAGUCGAAAGGAAAAUCAGCAAGGAUGACAUUGUCAUUCUGGAUUCCUUGAAUUACAUUAAAGGCUACAGAUAUGAACUGUUUUGUCUGGUCAAGCAUGCACAGACACCACAUUGCUUGGUCUACUGUCUGACAUCUGCUGCAUUGAGCUCAGAGUGGAACAAGGAAAGAGAUGAAGCUUAUCGAUAUUCCCAGGAAAUCCUGGAUGCCGUAAUUCUGAGGUUCGAAGCCCCUGAUUCGAGAAAUAGGUGGGACAGUCCUCUCUUUACUCUCCAGAAAGAGGACCGACUUCCAUUUGAAGCGAUCUCUGAUGCCAUUUUGAGAAGGAAAGCGCCACCACGUAACCAGUCGACACAAAGUCAACCGCUAUCGUCUACCAACUUCUUAUACGAGCUGGACAGAGUUACUCAGGAGAUCUUAAUGGCUGUUCUUGACUCGCAGAAGACCAGCGUUCCUGGGGACGCCAUCGCAAUUCCAGGAACUACGGAAAAAUUCGAUGUGAAAAGAAACCUCAACGUAGCCGAACUGAGGAAACUUCGGAGACAGUUCAUCAGUUACACCAAGACGCACCCGACAGAGAACAUCGGACUGAUAGCCAAUAUGUUUGUGCAGUACCUCAAUAAGAGUGUGCACUGAUGAUGGCUUUAAAUUUAACCACAGCUUUUAUGUUUUUAUUUCUCCUCGAAUUAUCCAUUGUUUUUUAACAUGAUUACGAUUAUGAAGUUAAUAAAAUAUAGAUCUAUAUUUUAGACAACUUCACACACCAACUCGUAAAUGAUAGACUUACCUACUUUUUCCGUAGUACUAUCCAAGAUCCAAUUUCAUGUCCAAUGCAUGAGUAUUACUUUCCAAGACUUCUGACUGAAGGAUUUAUGCUAAUCCUGGGAUUUUCUUAAGGCUAUAAAGCUAUAAUAGUAAACCCAUGGUGUUAAAUUGUUCCAGGUGUCAGCUAAAUAGUUGUGUUUAAACGUUUAUUUGUGACCUUUACGUCACUAUGCAAGCACUUAAGAACAAUGUGUUGCUAAUUUUGCCUGGCGUUUUGGGUCAUUUUUCUCAGAUUCUUCUGACCUAAUCGCUUUUUCGUAAUAAAACUUCCAUAUUAAAAGAAACCUAAAACUGAUUAUUCAAGAGGGAAAUCAUUCCGAAGCAUAGAGUAGUAGUAAUACUAUAAGGGUUGGCUUUUAUUUACUUGACUACUGGACCACCUCCAGACCUAACAAAUGAAAAUCAAGGGGAGAAACGUUUCUCCGGAUGACAUUAUAGUCUCCAACUGAACGGCCUAAUCGAUGACGCAUUUAUUUCCCUGUGACUUGAUUAUUUCUCUCAGUCUACGCGUUAUUGCAAAAUUGACCUUUGUCAUAUUGACGUCUCAGAAGCUUGUAAUAUACAAAUAAUCCCUCAAAAAAAAAAAAAACCCUCAUUUUUAUCGUGUUCUGUGCGCAUCGUGGGUGAUCUCAAAGCCUCCGGAUACAUUCGAUUUCUUUUGAACCUUGACGUUAUUAAUCACUGAAGCGAGUGAAUCACUUUAUGAUUCAGUUUUCCAGCUGUUGUGGAUAAUCGCACUGAAAUACCUGAGAGAGAUAUGCACUGCACGGAAAGUACUGUUGCAUUCCACCUAAUCUGUCUUAAACACGUGUUCAUAACCUGCACGUCUUCAUUACAUUCAGCACUGCUUGCCUUUCUUCUAUAUCAUACUAUCCAGAGUCACCCAGAACACGACUGGUUUGAUUUAGAGUCUGCUUCCUCUCAAAGCUUCUUCAUGAUGUCGUCUUAGGGAAUUUUGCUAUUGAUCACAUCUGGCUUAGGGAUUUAGAUCUAGAGCUUAGUGUGUUGUUGAAAUCACUAGAUAACUAAAAAACUCCCCAAAUGUUGUUCCCAACAUUUCGGCCUUGUUUUGAUGGAAUUAAUAUGGGCCAAUCUUUAAAUAUGACCAAAUAUUUAUAUUCGUUCAUCUUCAGUAAGCGCUUUAUCCUGGCCAGGGUCGCGGUGGAUCCGGGGCGUAUCCCGGGAACACUGGGCCCGAGGUGGGAUUCCAGGAAGCACGCUGGAUGUGAUAUUAGUCCAUCACAGGGCACCGUGCACACACACGUUCACACGCUCAUUCGUGCCGUGGGGCAAUUGAGAGUCGACAAUCCAUCUAUAGGCGUGUUUUUCGAAGGUGGGAGGAAACUGGAAAUCCUGGAGGAAAACCCGUAGAGAUACAGGGAAAAUAUCUGAAACUUCACGCCGUCAGUAACCCGAGUUCAGGAUCGAAAUCAGACGCCCCGGAGUUCUAAGGUGGCGACACUACGCGCUAUUCCACCAUGCCAUCGUCCAUUUACUUACCUAUUUUUAAUAUAUGAUGGUACAGUAUAUAUAUAUAUA